CUUUGCCUGCUUGGAACUGUUCUAUUGUUUCUUGGUGCUGUAAUUUCUGGUCAUGGUGAAGCUCUUCCGUUCAAACCAAAAUCAAAGGAAUCAAUUGAAGAAAAGUAUAGCUUACAUCACGUUGGAUGGGUUACGCGUAAGGAGCGGGAGACCCACAUGCAAAGAGUCCAGGAGAAUGAGCCAAUGGCUUCUGGUUAUAGCUGCCAGGAAUAUGCUGUGGAUAUAGCCUUUCAAAUAUCAAGCUCAAGGACGUAUACUUUCAUUAAAUGUUUUACACUUUUUCGAUGGCGUUCUUUUCUAUACGUAUUUCUAGCUGGCUUCAGUAGUGCCGUGUUUCUUGUGCAAACAUACACCAACCUAAACGCACCUGUUGUUAUCUUUUAUCCAAUUAACUUCGAGUUCUUCAAUUUUGUUAUGUUUACCAACAUGUUUGUUGCAACAGAAGCAUAUCGGUUGGGGUAUACGAAAUAUAAGGCAAGAAAGAAUGUUAUUGGAGGGUUGAAAGAUAGAUGUCGUGUCUAUUUUAAGAUUCCCAGUUAUAUGGAUAUUUUGAAGUUGCUACUUUUGUUGCUGUUUAUUGCUGGAAUUCAAAUCUGCAUAAGGGACAUAAGAUUGUUAUUGGCGUCCUAUUGAUAGCAAUAAUCUAUCUGGCCGCAGAAAUGAGAGAUCAUUAAUAAGUGUUAUUGGUGUACUUCGCAGCAUUUAUAUGCCUAUGUUAUGAGGUAGUGA